UGUCAAGGCAUCAUGGGUAUUUACACAGUAGCUCCGGUCACUGUCAUCUUCCUCAUCUCCGAGUUUUCAGUCUGACUGAGAGAAGUUGUACAAGUCAGAGACACAGAAAUGUCUUCAGCACAAACAUUUCCAGGUAAAGACCCAAACCAACACACACGUGUCUCUGUUAAGUCUAACCCUGGCUUCCUGGAGCGAUUGAGUGAAACUGCUGGAGGGACACUUGUUGGUGUCGGACUGUUUUUCCUUUCAAUUUAUAUUCUCUUCACCAAUGAGGGGCGAGCUCUGCAAACAGCAUCUUCCCUGGAUGAAGGUCUUUCCCUUGUUGUGUCACUGGGGCCGUACGCCAGCCUCGACCUGCAGAACAACAAUCACUUGGUUCACCUAUCGGCAAAGCUACGCACGGCACAGCCCCUCCACGACCCCAACUACAGAGUGGUGCUGCAGGCAGUGAAGCUGAAGAGGCAGGUAGAGAUGUAUCAGUGGGUGGAGCACCAGGAGAGUAGGGACUACAAAGAGAACGGUGAAACCAAAACUGAGACAACAUACACUUAUAACACAGAAUGGAAAUCAGAGUUGGUCAACAGUCGUAAUUUUGAUCAGGAGAUUGGUCACCAGAACCCAAGUGCCAUGCCAGUGGAGAGUGUGACUGUUGUGGCCCCUGAAGUCAAAGUUGGGCCUUUCGUCCUCUCAAAAGGUCUGGUGGAGCAGAUAAAUAACUUCCAGACACUGAAACUUUCUGAUUACUCUGCUUUCAACUUGGACCCAUUCUUCACCAUUCAUGAUGAUUAUUUCUAUCACACUCCAUCUCCGCUGAGGCCGGAGGUUGGAGUUGUUCGUGUGAGAUUCUCCUUCGCUGGGUUAAGUGGUGAGACGUCCCACCUUGGCCCAGCCCAGACUGCCAGUGUUGUGGCCAUGCAGAGAGGUGACCAGCUGAAGGCUUUUAAAACUAGAUCAGGAGACAACCUGGAGAUCCUGUACCUGGAUGAUCUCUCUGCAGAGGAAAUUUUUGAGAAGGAGCAUCAGCACAACAAACUGAAGACUUGGGGACUCAGGGCUGCAGGCUGGGCCCUCAUGUUCAUCAGCAUUCAGCUGACCAUGCGAAUCAUCUACACACUGGUGGACUGGGUGCCUCUUCUCAGGGAGCUGGUGUCCGUGGGGCUGAAGAUCUUUGCCCUGUGCGUCUCCUGCUCUCUGUCUCUUAUCACUAUUGGCGCGGGUUGGCUUUUUUACAGGCCAUUCGUGGCAGCAGCUCUCUGUGCACUAGCUCUGUUUCCAAUGUUUUUAGCCCGCUCAGGAUUAUCAGCGAAGAAAAAGGAGUGACUAGUAAACUGCUUGUUUCUGAUGACAUUCUUUGAAGGCGUUUUCAGUUUUCUGCAGGGUUGGAAAUCUUUUCCUGGGUUAAAUGGACAUUUUAAGACAAAUGUUUAGGUGUAAAAGCUUUAAUCCAUCAUCCAUCAGUGAUCAGGUAGAUGUGACUAUUUAGGCGAGAGGCACUAUAGACCUCGACCAACCUGCAGAUACUGUGUUGCACACAAAUGAAAGUUGAUGUAUUUAGACCAGAAAAUGUGUCAGAUGACUUUCAACAAUGCACGUUCUCACUGUGUCCUCACUCAAUUUUCUGCUGCUUAAGAGCAAUGAGGAGGGCGAGCAAGCGGUACAUCAGAUUUGCUUGGAUUGCUUGCUAUAGUGCAGGGGUCUGCAACCCUGGUCCUCGAGAGCCACUGUCUUGCUGGUUUUUCAACUCUCCCUGCCCCAUCUAAGACUGAUCACCUUGACCAGGUGUGUUCAGUCAAAAAGCAGCUAAUUUACACAGCUGAUCAAAUUAAUUAGCACAGAGAGUUGGAAAACCAGGACGGUGGCUCUCAUAGGACCAGGGAUGCAGACCCCUGCUAUAGUGGUUGGGUUAGAUUAUUGAGGUUAUUUUGUCUAAGUAUUAAUCUUAAAACAGGACAACGGGAAAAACAAACUUGAAACUUGUAUUUUAUGUAUAAAACAUUUUGUUUUUCAUACAGGUGGUUUAAGUUUGAUUUCAAACUUCAAUUUGUUCCUUCAUAGGAACCCUGCGUAUUGCACUGGUGUUCAGGUGAAGGGUUUAAGUUUACACAGUCCACAUUUUUGUCAUGACCUUGUUGGAGCUAUUUUUUCAAUAUGCACAUUAAAGCUUGUGUUCAUUUGUGAUAUAAA